CUCAUCAAGAUGACCGUUGUUUUGGCAAAUCAGACGUGAGCGGACGUUUGAUCGACACUAACAUGCCUCGAGGUGGAGACUGAAGCCUGAUACAGGCUCACCUGCAGGCGUGCUGCCCGCAUUUGUGACGUGUUGCCUAGGGGAAGCAAACAGGAGCGCGCGCAGGUGAGAGGGAUAUAAACAGACCUACUUCGUCUUUUGCUUCUCCACCCAUUCCAUAACCAAUCCUGCCCAUCUUCUCAAGUUAGAACUCUCAAUCAGACCUCUGUCAAAUACAAUCAUCAACAAUGGCUUCUUCCAACCCUUCCAAUUUCGCCAACCUCCCUAAGGACAAGCUUAGUGAGAUUGCUGCAAAGGGCGGCCAUGCCUCUCACGGCUCUGGCAACAGCGACUCCACAUCCACUGGCAGCAGCGGCAACGCUGACCGUAACGCUGACGGUACCUUCACUCAGGGCUCAGACCUCGCAAAGGAGCUAGGCGCCCAAGGUGGUCAUGCUUCCCACGGUGCUACAGACUCUACAUCCAACAGCAGCGAGCCAGGCCGUAACCCAGAUGGCACCUUCACCAAAGGUUCAGAGGUCGCCAGCAAGCUUGGUGCUCAGGGCGGUCACGCUUCCCACGGUUCUUCCACCAACGACUCCGGUGCGCAGACUUCCAGCAGCGAGAGCGGCCGCAACCCUGACGGCACGUUCAAGAAGGGCAGUGAGCUUGCUUCCGAGCUGGGUACACAGGGCGGACAUGCCUCGCACUAGAAGCAGCAUGUAUGAUGUGCCUAUCGAUCCUUCAGUCCAACCUCCAUCAUAUAUCCAUGAAUGACGGCCCAACCUGGAGAGAGGUGUUCUGGACAUUAGGGUGCUGUCAUGCAGGGCCAUAA